AUGGCAUCCAUCGAAACACUUGUUUGGAUUACCGAACAAGUUAGUAUAUGUGGAUAUUUAAUAUUAUUAAGCAGUGGAAUUAUUGGUUCAUGUGCUAAUAUAUAUAUAUUUUCUCGAAAACGUCUUCGACGAAAUUCAUGUUUUCAUUAUAUUUUUAUUGCAAGUAUAUUUGAUUUUUUAAAUAUAUCAUUUUCAGUAUCAACUCGUCUAAUGGUUGAUGGAUUUAAAUUUGAUCCAUUUGCAGCAAGUUCUAUUGGAUGUCGAAUUCGAACAUAUAUAGCAUUUGUUGUAUCGUUUUGUCCAAUGGGUUGUCGUUGUUUAGCUAUUAUUGAUCGAUAUUUAUGUACAUCACGUUCAUUUUUAUUACGAAAUUUAAGUUCAGUAAAAGUAGCUGAUCGUCUUUUAUUUAUUAAUUGUUCAUUAUGGUUUUUAAUUGGUAUUCCAAUGUUAGUAGUUUUUGAUUCUAUUCAUGUAAAUUCUAAUCAAGUUACAUGAUCUCUUGUUGGUCUAGUAGUAGGCGAUGUUCAAGAGGCCGGUAAUGAACGUAUCGACGAUCCAAUCCAUGGUGGAAAAUCUGGAAGAAAAUCCAAUCUUCAAAUGGAUCAGUGGACUGGUAAUACAUCGAUGGCACUGUGCCUUGCUUCUUCCUUGAUUACUCAACGUGCUUUUAAUCCGUAUGAUCAGCUAGUUCGCUAUAAAUGGUGGUAUAAAUAUGGAUACUUGUCACCAACAGGACACUGUCUCGAUAUUGACAAUGUUAUGCGUAAUUCACUCGAAGAGUUUUGUCGUCGUCAAACUGAUUUAAAUAGAUAUUAUGGUUAUCUUACGGAGGAUAAAUUAGAUAGAUUAUCGACCGAUGCAAUUUAUCGAUCAGUGGGAUUUGAUGUAAACUGUAGCCGACAAGGUGUCAGUGGGAAUGUAGCACUUGCACGUCUUGCUCCCAUACCACUCCUCUAUUAUCGAACUCCGGCAGUAGCUGUUGAACUUUCAGGAUUAUCGGCACGUCUUACUCAUGGUGAUGAUAGAAUAAUAGACGUUUGUAGAUAUUUUGGAGCAUUGAUUACGGCUGCUAUUCGCGGCGAAUCCAAAGAAGCAUUACUCAGUCAUCGAUUUUAUGACGAUCAUCGAGAUUGGUUUGAUUGGAAAGAUCUUCAUCCAAAUACAAAAACAUCAUCAGCCAAAAAUGCUCACCAAUACAGUGGAAAACAAACAAGAUUCCGGCUUUGUCACUUUGCCAAAGCUGAUGAAUAG